GGAGCGCCGCCCAGUCUUGUGUAAUACUUAUUGCGGGCAUGUAGGUUGAACGUUCAAACAAACCUACGUGAUCACUCGGCAACAUGCGUGAUCGGAAAUGGUCAGAAUCGGGAAUCAGAAUUGUUCAAUGUUCAACUUGCAAGAACGGGCCCUCUGCUCACUAGCACUACUCACCUCUCGCGCUCUUUUUAUACCCGUAUUGCAAUGGCUCCAUCUCGUCUCGCGCUUUUCGCGGGAUCUAUCGCAACAACACUUUCCUUGACUUUCGCCAUUUACUACGCCUUGACACUGUCAGUACCGUCCACAAAACGAAGGCGCCUUAGAGCAAAAUUGCCCCAAACCAUCUUUACAUGGAGACGUCCGGAUAUGCUUAAGAUGGAAGAGGAAGACCUGUGGCGCGAAGUGGCUGGCAUUUUGCGCGAUGCAGGCUUAACGUCAUGGAAACGUUCAUAUUUCAGCAUCCUCUUGUCUCCAACCAAGUAUGUACUUUCAAGUGGGUUUGCGUACGUAACUCCAACACGUGUCAUCUCCGAUGGUCUGGAAACCAUGGAAGAACUUAGUGCUUUCGAGUAUCAGAAUACUCUCAGUCGUGCGGCUCAGACAGCAGAGGGACAUGCUGUCAUAGUCCGUGUCGUCGUAAUUCAAGAUGAAGGUCACGAACAUUCAGCCCUUUUGAAAAGAGUUGCAACUGGUCCCCUUAGUCUUCUGAGCAACAACCACUGUCUACCUCUACUGAGAGAGUUUUGUUUUGAGGACAUUGUAUUCGGGGUCUUUCCUAGAGCGGGCGGUUGCCUCACCGAAGCUUUUGGUUACUGGGCAAAAAACUCGGUAGGAGACAUUCUUGAUAUGAUACUUCAAGCGCUGGAGGGACUUUCUUUCCUGCAUGAGUUGAAUAUUGCGCAUCGGGAUAUGUUUCGGCCGAAUUUACUUAUUCAGUGGCAUCCCGAAUCCCUCAGUACUAUGGUGGUCCCCACAAGCAGACCCCGAGUGUACAUCAUCGAUUUUGAGUUUUCAGUAGAGUUCGCCUCAGAUUGUCCUGUGGAAGACCGUGUCUCGAUCGGGAAUCCUAUUUGCAAAUGGUAUCCAUCAACUGAGUAUCGCAGGCCAGUUCCACCGGAGGUCGUGGCUGGCAAGCCGUACUGCCCAUUCAAACUCGACGUCUGGCAGUUGGGUACGACGUUUACGCACUGGAGUUUCGAGACGACAAUUCCGGCGAUAGAUGAAGUCUUAGAAGAUAUGAAACUAUCAGAUCCGGCUAUGCGUUUGAGUGCAAAUGAGGCAUUGAUGAAACUUAGCAAGCUCGUGAACAACAUGUCGCCGGAUUCGCUAUUGAUCCCCCCUCGCUUCAAAUUGCCUGGAGAUCCCUGAAGACUCGACAUCCUUGUUGUAUACUGGGUCCCCUUCAUUCUUAUCACACAUUGGCCUGAUCUUGGCACGCCGCAUAUUGAGCUACAAGUUCAGACAACGGUAGUAAGCGCGCGCAGGUUAUUUGUACAUGUUAUCCUACGGUCUGUACACCAUUUCCCUUAUGGGAAUGGAUGUGUCUCAUUGGUGGCAACGACUCGACUUAACCUGUGCGACCAAUGCAUUUCAGCUGAACUAUUUCAUGGUACCCCAAAAAUGCUAUGAUUGUGAUAUUGUU